AUGACUCCAGCCAACACCUGCUGGCUUAGGGCCGCCGCAGCCCAGGCGGGGAGCCUCAGUGUCGGUGCGGCGCAUUCUCCCUCCCUGGACAGACGCGUGUCCCCAUCUUGCAGCAUCGCUCUUCUGCAGACGCUGGCUCCCGACAGCUCUGUCUCCUCCUGUCCUCGCUACUGCUGCAGCGAGCCCCACGUCGCUAAUGGCUACACCCCUUUGCACAUCGCUGCCAAGCAGAACCAAGUGGAGGUGGCCCGCAGUCUGCUGCAGUAUGGGGGCUCAGCAAACGCCGAGUCGGUGCAAGGUGUGACGCCCCUUCACCUGGCCGCCCAGGAGGGCCACGCAGAGAUGGUGGCUCUGCUGCUCUCGAAACAAGCCAAUGGCAACCUGGGGAACAAGGACAGGCCCGCCAGUUCUGGCCACAGUGGUGUGUGGUGGGGUGUCAUGACUACCCACAAGCCUCUGGUCAGCCUGCGGGAUGUGCAGAAGGCAGAGGAGGGCAAGUGGAGUCCCGUAGAGGGGACAUGGUCUGUGCCUGCAGAGAAAUCCAGCUUUGUUGGUCCCACGUUAGCAAAGGACGUGCUGAUCAAACACGGCGUCAUGGUGGAUGCCACCACCCGGAUGGGCUACACUCCCCUCCAUGUGGCCAGUCACUACGGAAACAUCAAGCUGGUGAAGUUUCUGCUGCAGCACCAGGCAGAUGUAAACGCCAAGACCAAGCUAGGAUACAGCCCCCUGCACCAGGCAGCCCAGCAGGGACACACAGACGUCGUGACUCUGCUUCUGAAAAACGGUGCUUCCCCAAACGAGGUCAGCUCGGAUGGAACCACACCUCUGGCCAUAGCCAAGCGCUUGGGCUACAUUUCUGUCACCGACGUGCUCAAGGUCGUCACGGAUGAAACCAGUUUCGUGUUAGUCAGUGAUAAGCAUCGGAUGAGUUUCCCUGAGACAGUUGAUGAGAUCCUGGAUGUCUCGGAAGAUGAAGGAACUGCUCAUAUAACUAUAAUGGGGGAAGAACUCAUCGGCUCCAAGCCUGAGAGGCCGGAUUCCAGGGAUGUCGAUGAAGAGAAGGAGCUCCUGGAUUUUGUGCCAAAGCUAGACCAAGUGUGAGCAGCGCUCCUGGGAGGGUCCCUAGGA